AUGGAUAGAACUACACCGCUAUGGGAUGUUAUGAAAACAUUGUGGGAGUGCAAAUAUUUCGAACCUAUUUCUUAUGGAGAACUUUUCACAUAUACGACUGACUUAUAUAAACAGAACCUUGCACCAUUUAAAGAUUUGACAUAUGCUCCAAAGUAUUGUGUACAACUGAAGAAGAAAGCCGAGUCAAAAGAAGUAAAUAAAGCUAAAUGUAAGUUCAUUCCUGAGCACGUUUUCUUUGCUGACUUUGAGUGUAGUACGGAUGGCUUUCAUAAAGCUUUUAACAUCUGUUACGACAGUGAAGAUGGUUCAGUGAGUGAAAGCAUUUGGGGUCAGAACUGUGCAACAGAAUUUUUGGAACGACUUCCUGACAAGAGUUUAAUAUAUUUCCAUAACCUCAGUUAUGAUAUAAACUUCAUCUUAAGACACAUGACAGAAGUGAAAGGAACUCCCAUCAUUAAAGGUUCACGAACAAUGCAAAUAACUGGCUUAUAUAAAGGAAGGGCAAUUAUUAUAAAAGACUCUUACAGUGUUAUAAAUAAGAAGCUUAAACUAUUUCCUGCUAUGUUUAACUUACAAACAGGACCGAAAGAAGUAUUUCCAUACAACUACUACAGCAGUGUUUUGUUAGCAAAUGACAACAGAACUGGUGUCAUUUCUGAAGCAUGUAAGUUUAUCCAGGAUGCAGAUACAUUUAUGAAAAACAUAGAUUCCAUCAAAGGUUGCAGAAUAGAUGAAAACCAUUUCGACUUAGAAAAGUAUAGCACAUUUUAUUGCAAACAAGAUGUAAGAAUUUUAAGAGAAGGUUUUGUUAAGUUCCGCAAUGACAUAUUGAAAGAAUUUGAUUUAAACGUUUAUGACUACGUUA